AUGCGUCUGCUUACCUUGAGCUUUCUUUUGAGCGCUUUAACCAGCGGGACUUUCGCUAAAGAUGACUGUAUCAACAACGAUAUUCCCUUCCAGGCAUGCGCUCCUAUCGGUGCAUACUAUCCUCCGCCCACCAUCGACAAAUCCUCUGAGCCUUUCAAGAAGCUUACCUCCCGGUUCACCAAGACCUUUGACGACCUCAUCAAGAACGGCGGUAGUGACAAAUAUGGUCCAAUCACACCCAACACUACGUCCUUCUCCGUGGUCAUCUUCGGUGGUGCUGAGUCGCUUCGAGAUGAUCCCAUCUUCGUCGAGUAUCACUAUACAUCCCCUGAAGAUCAAGCCUCGAACGCAAACCUCACUUCGGACACCAAAUUUCCAGUUGGUGAUGUGAGCAUGGUAUUCACUGUUUAUGCUUGGCUUGUCAAGAUGGGCGAGCAAUGGGAGACGCCUAUCACUAAGUAUCUGCCUGAACUGGCUGAAGUCAAAGGUCCGCUUACGGUGAACUGGGGGGACAUUACUAUUGGUGCUUUGGCAGGCCAAAUGUCAGGCCUCAGUCGAGAGUCCGAAGCAUGCGUUGUUGGCAAGGCUUGCGACUGGAAGGCUUUCCAAAAGGCCUUUGCGAAGAAAGCACCAUACUUUCUCACGGACACAACUCCAGUUGUCUCUUACGCGGCUUUUCAGCUGUUGGCUUUUGUUAUCCAACGGAGUGAUGGCGCUGAUUGGUCUUCGAUUCUCGACAAGACCAUUCUGCAGCCUCUUAACAUGAGCCACAGUGGAGUUUUGAGCCAUGGUGUCGAAGAUGUCUUUGCCAUGAAGAGUCUCAACAUUUCGGCGACUGGCGAACCAGGUGCCUUAUCAUUCGUUAGCUCCGCCAAAGAUCUCGCACGCGCUGGACACUCUAUUCUUGCUUCAGACCUCCUUUCGCCUGCUGUUACCCGUCGCUGGCUUCACCACAAUGUCGACACGUCCAAUCUUCGCAACGGCGUAGGUCGACCUUGGGAAGUUUACCGUGCCGGAAACGCUAUCUCACCCAUCCUCGAUGCCUUGACGAAGAGCGGAACUAUUGGCAAAUAUGCGAGCUACUUUGGACUCACCACUGACUUCAACGCUGGCUUCGCUAUUCUGGCUCAUGACAAUGGUGUCGAGGAUCGAAAGCUUGACCUGAACGUGCACGCCGAUAUCGUCAGCGAAGUUCUCGGUUACUUGCAAGUCAUUGCCGCCAAAGAACUGGAAGCGCGCUAUGCUGGAUCAUAUUCAGGCAAGGCUACUGAGGCUACUUUCAAUACCACUGACAAUGGCCGGGGUCUUGAGGUUCAGAAGCUUGUAAUUGGUGGGGUGAACAUCAAGGAGCAGACCGCUCAGAAGCUCGGCAUUCAGGCUGAUGAUCUGGACUUCAGAAUCUACCCAACGAAUGUUCAAGAUGGAAGCCGCCACCAGUUCAUUGCCGUUUUCCAGGAUAGGAGUGCUCCAAUUGACAUGGGCACUCCGACAUGUAUUACUUGGCAGGAAAUUGGUGCUGGCGCAGAGAUCAGCUUUGUUUUCACCCUGGGUCGGGAUGGCGAGGUUAUUGGAGUAGAGGUUCCCCAGUUCCACGCCAAGAUGGAGAGGGCCACAUAA